ACAGUUCAUUUCAAGGCCAAGAAAGCCCCCAAAAUCUGUUUCUAAUUUUACAGAAAUCUUUCAAAAUUUGGCACGCAAGUUAAAAGUCCGUGGAAAGAAAAGGAAAAAAAAAAACUUGUCCUGGCUUCAGCUUCCAAGUACGAAGACAGACUUGCUUCUUUUCAACGGUUUUCACAAAUCUAGUGACCCACGCUCUGAAGUUAGAAUUAGCUAACUUUCAAAAACAUCUGGAGAAUGAAGACAUGGUUAAAAAUUGUGUUUGGAGUUGCCAUCUCUGCUAUGCUCGCUUUAUUGGUGAUGUGCAUUGUCUUACGUCCUUCAAGAGUCCCUAACUCUGAGGGAAGUACGACAAGAGCACUCACACUGAAGGAUAUUUUAAAUGGGACAUUUUCUUAUAAAACAUUUUUUCCAAACUGGAUUUCAGGGCAAGAAUAUCUUCGCCAAUCUACAGAUAAUAAUAUAAUAUUUUAUAAUAUUGAAACAGGAGAAUCAUAUACCAUUUUGAGUAAUAGUACCAUGAAAAGUGUGAAUGCUUCAAAUUAUGGCUUAUCACCUGAUCGGCAAUUUGUGUAUCUAGAAAGUGAUUAUUCAAAGCUCUGGCGAUAUUCUUAUACAGCAACGUAUCACAUCUAUGACCUCAGAAAUGAAGAAUUUGUAAGAGGAAAUGAGCUUCCUCGCCCAAUUCAGUAUUUAUGCUGGUCGCCUGUUGGGAGUAAAUUAGCAUAUGUCUAUCAAAACAAUAUUUAUUUAAAACAAAGACCAGGAGAUCCACCUUUUCAAAUAACAUUUAAUGGGAGAGAAAAUAAAAUAUUUAAUGGAAUCCCAGACUGGGUUUAUGAAGAGGAAAUGCUUGCUACAAAAUUUGCACUUUGGUGGUCUCCUAAUGGAAAAUUUUUGGCAUAUGCAGAAUUUAAUGAUACAGAUAUUCCAGUUAUUGCCUAUUCCUAUUAUGGUGAUGAACAGUAUCCUAGAACAAUAAAUAUUCCAUACCCAAAGGCUGGAGCUAAGAAUCCCGUUGUUCGCAUAUUUAUUAUUGAUACCACUUAUCCUGCCCAUGUAGGUCCCAGAGAAGUGCCAGUUCCCACAAUGAUAGCUUCAAGUGACUAUUAUUUCAGUUGGCUCACGUGGGUUACCGAUGAACGCAUAUGUUUGCAGUGGCUAAAAAGAGUCCAGAAUGUUUCAGUCUUGUCUAUAUGUGAUUUCAGAGAAGACUGGCAGAUAUGGGAUUGCCCAAAGACCCAGGAGCAUGUAGAAGAAAGCAGAACUGGAUGGGCUGGUGGAUUCUUUGUUUCAACACCAGUUUUCAGCUAUGAUGCCAUUUCAUACUACAAAAUAUUUAGCGACAAGGAUGGCUACAAACAUAUUCACUAUAUCAAAGACACUGUGGAAAAUGCUAUUCAAAUUACAAGUGGCAAGUGGGAGGCCAUAAAUAUAUUCAGAGUAACACAGGAUUCACUGUUUUAUUCUAGCAAUGAAUUCGAAGGUUAUCCUGGAAGGAGAAAUAUUUACAGAAUUAGCAUUGGAAGCCGUCCUCCAAGCAAGAAGUGCAUUACUUGCCAUCUAAGGAAAGAAAGGUGCCAAUAUUACACAGCAACUUUCAGCGACUAUGCCAAGUACUAUGCACUUGUGUGUUACGGCCCGGGUCUCCCCAUUUCCACUCUUCACGAUGGCCGCACAGAUCAAGAACUUAAAAUCUUGGAAGAAAACAAGGAAUUGGAAAAUGCUUUGAAAAAUAUACAGCUGCCUAAAGAAGAAAUUAAGAAACUUGAAGUGGAUGAAAUAACUUUAUGGUACAAGAUGAUUCUCCCUCCUCAAUUUGACAGAUCGAAGAAGUAUCCCUUGCUAAUUCAAGUGUAUGGUGGUCCCUGCAGUCAGAGUGUAAGAUCUGUAUUUUCUGUUAAUUGGGUAUCUUAUCUUGCAAGUAAGGAAGGGAUAGUCAUUGCCUUGGUGGAUGGCCGAGGAACAGCUUUCCAAGGCGACAAGGUCCUGUAUGCAGUGUAUCGAAAGCUGGGUGUCUAUGAAGUUGAGGACCAGAUUUCCGCCGUCAGAAAAUUCAUAGAAAUGGGUUUCAUUGAUGACAAAAGAAUAGCCAUAUGGGGCUGGUCCUAUGGAGGGUAUGUUUCAUCGCUGGCCCUCGCAUCUGGAACUGGUCUUUUCAAAUGUGGAAUAGCAGUGGCUCCGGUCUCCAGCUGGGAAUAUUACGCAUCUAUCUACACAGAACGAUUCAUGGGUUUCCCAACAAAAGAUGAUAAUCUUGAGCAUUAUAAAAAUUCAACUGUGAUGGCAAGAGCAGAAUAUUUCAGAAAUGUAGACUAUCUUCUCAUCCACGGAACAGCAGAUGAUAAUGUGCACUUUCAAAACUCAGCACAGAUUGCAAAAGCUCUGGUUAAUGCACAAGUGGAUUUCCAGGCAAUGUGGUACUCUGACCAGAACCACGGCAUAUCCGGCAAGUCCACGAACCACUUGUAUACCCACAUGACUCACUUCCUAAAGCAAUGUUUUUCUUUGCCAAACUAAAUACUGGUGCUGAUAUAAGCCUGUAUUACAAUCUGAACACUUCAUAUAAAUGCCUCAGAUCAUUUGCGUGUUUUACUUUUAUGUUGUAAGAUACUGGUAUAAACAAAUAAAUGAAUAUUAUUCUAACAGCUUGUAAAAAAUAAAUAGGAGGACCCAGAAAAAAUCCAGCUAGACAUUGUUUAUAUUUUCUAGUACUCUGUGAAAGAAGAAAAGGGGAGCCAUGCGUUUUUCUUUGCAUACAAAGUGUUUUAUCAUUUGUCUGAGGAAAAAAAAUAAAGUUGCAAGUUCAAGAGUUA